GAAGCAUAAUACACAGCUCUUUACCACAGGGCUACAUCCAGCCCGUCUUAGUUGGAUAUAACUACGAAACUCAAACAGAAAGCAUUCGGUGAAGCAUAAUACACAGGUCUUUACUACAGGGCUACGUCCAGCCCGUCUUAGUUGGAUAUAACUACGAAACUCAAACAGAAAGCAUUCAGUGAAGCAUAAUACACAGGUCUUUACAAGAGACGUGUAUUCACAAAGUCAGAUCAUGAUAACAGUGUUUUCUUACCUCGUCGGCUUUAAGUAAUAUCACGAGGUCGUAAGAACUGGAGUGAACCGUAUAGACAAUGUAAACUAGUGCGGUAGCUUAAAACGCAGUGAGCUACCCCAGCCAUCUUUCUACUUAUUUAACUUCCUGGUGUACGGCCUUUGAUAUACCAGUCGUGGUGCAAUAGCUGGAACGAGAAAUAGCCCACUGAUCCAACCGACGGGAAUCGAUCCCAGACCGACCGAGCUUCAAGCGAGCGCUUUACCACUGGCCCCUCUUAGUGUGAUAUAACUACGAAACUCAACCAGAAAGCAUUCAGUGAAGCAUAUACACAGCCCUUUGAAAGAGACGUGCAUGCACAAAAUCAUAUUAUGAUAAAAGUGUUUUCUCCUCGUCGGCUUUAAGUAGCAUCACGGGGUCAUAAGAACUGACGUGAACCGUAUAGAUAAUGUAAACUAGUGCAGUAGCUAUAUUACAAAAUGUCGGAACACUUGAUGUGUAUGCUCGUCUUUACAAUGUGGGCGUGUUGUCGUGUAACAUCAGGAGUUUGUCCAGAAGGUCACUACGGCUUUAACUGCAGCUACACGUGUCACUGCACUUCCGGUUGUGAUAGCGUGACAGGAUGUUCCGGUGGAUGUAUGAAAGACUGGUCUGGACCUAAGUGCACCAUUGAAAAUGUAGCCUUAAAUAAAACUGCCUAUCAGAGCGGUUAUCACCCUUACGUAGUUCGUCAUUCGUCGUACGCUGUUGAUGGGAAUACGGAUCAAGGAACAUUUGGAAGUCUCUGUGUCGUUACUCCCUCACUGGAACCUUACACGUGGUGGGAAGUAGACUUAGGGAGACCAUAUUACAUAGACCAGCUUGCUGUUCACUUUAGGACAGAUUACGUGGCUCCCAGGAAUGACGUACAUGUUUUCAGUUCGCUCAAGAUGAAUCAAACUAACACAAGUCACCUGUGUGGAGUGACGACGUUAAAUAGCUCAGAUGUAACGUAUAUCACCUGUGACGACACAGCCCAAUACAUCACACUCUUCCAGGGAACAAACAACGACGACGUGGAUGUCUACCACUACAAGCCUAGAACAAGAAUGGAUAUCUGUGAAGUUGAAGUUUUAAUUUGUACUGCUGGUACGUUUGGAGACAACUGUACCGACUUCUGUCACUGUCAAGGUCAAUCGUGUAACUUUGUAACUGGAGAGUGCGUGGGAGGAUGUAAACACAACUGGACUGGAACCCAGUGUAAUGAGUGUGAUUCGGACCACUAUGGCUCACUGUGCAUUGCUAGUUGUUCCAACAGACACUGUGAUCAGACUAACAGCAUAUCCAGGUGUGACAACACAAAUGGACAGUGUGACAAUGGAUGUGAAGCAGGCUGGACUGGAACAUCUUGUUUACAGAAAUGCCCGGUUGGUCGAUAUGGUCAUGGAUGUAACCAGCUCUGCAGUGAAAAACAUUGUCUUGGAGAGACCUCAUGUAAUCACGUAACUGGGAAGUGUGAUCAUGGCUGCGAUCGUGGAUACAUAUCAUCAGAUUGUACUAAGGCGUGCAACUUUGCGUAUGGGUUCAACUGUAACAUGUCUUGCAGCUCUCGGAAAUGUUACGGAAGUUUAGAAUGUGACCAGUUUUAUGGACGCUGCAGAGAAGGGUGUCUGGAUGGGUUUGAAUUACCAGACUGUACAACUGGCACUACAUGUCGUGCUGGUACGUUUGGAUCUGGGUGUAAGUUAAGAUGCAGUGAACGACACUGUGAUGGAGACAGUACAAUGUGUGAUGCUCAAAGUGGAACAUGUUAAAAUGGCUGCACGCCAGGAUGGAAG